AUGAACCCCACAAACAACAACACAGUGAGUAGCUGGACCGAGCGCGCCGAGGCCCUCAAGCGCGUUCGGACCUGUUUCCUACACAACUCAAACCGCAUGCCUGUCAACACAUCAGAAUCCUCCAUCCGCAAGAAUGUCUGGUAUACAGUCCGUAUCUACAAGGAAGAUGAGCGCUUUAGCGACGAGGAGCUGGUGAACAUCUCAAUCCAGCGCCUGCGAGAGGGUUAUUUCGUCGUCGAACAGAAGCCCGAGCUCCAGCACAGGGGCUGGCACAUCUCGUAUCCGAUUGUUGAUCUUGUCAAUGCAGAUAAACUUGAUUUGGCUAUUGAUUUGGCUCGGAGUCGUCGGGAUGAUAUCGUUAAAGGUGAGAUCUCGCUUGAUCGGAUUAUGAUCUUUACUAAGAAGAUCCCCGAGCCCACGGUGAAGCUUCCGGAAUUUAUGCCUCGGAAUAAGAUGCAGUGA